AUGUCGGGCGCGGGGCUGGAGAAGCCGCAGCUGAUCACGCACGUGCAGCAGUCGCUGAACUACACCGUGUUCGAGUGCAAAUGGGUGCCGUGCAGCGCGCGCCUCCUCUGCCUCGGCAGCGUCCCGCGCGGCACCGGCGUCAUCCAGCUCUACGAGCUGCAGAGCGGCCGCCUCAGCCUGCUGCGCGAGAUUGAAAAGGCCAAACCUAUUAAAUGUGGAACUUUUGGUGCUACAUCUCUACAGCAGAGAUAUCUAGCUACUGGGGACUUUGGUGGAAACCUUAAUAUAUGGAACCUGGAAACUCCAGAGAUUCCAGUGUACUCUGUGAAGGGCCAUAAAGAAAUCAUAAAUAGUAUAGAUGGCGUAGGUGGCUUAGGGAUUGGAGAAGGAGCACCAGAAAUUGUGACCGGGAGCCGAGAUGGAACUGUGAAAGUGUGGGACCCAAGACAAAAAGAUACACCUGUUGCUAAUAUGGAACCAGUACAAGGCGAGAGCAAGAGAGACUGCUGGACAGUAGCAUUUGGCAAUGCCUACAAUCAAGAGGAGCGUGUUGUGUGUGCUGGCUAUGACAAUGGUGACAUUAAAUUAUUUGACCUAAAAAACAUGUCAUUGCGAUGGGAGACCAACAUUAAGAACGGGGUUUGCAGUGUGGAAUUUGACAGAAAAGAUAUAAAUAUGAAUAAAUUAGUGGCCACAUCGCUCGAAGGAAAGUUUCAUGUUUUUGAUAUGAGAACUCAGCAUCCAACUAAAGGUUUUGCUUCCAUUUCAGAGAAGGCUCACAAAUCCACCAUGUGGCAAGUUCGGCACCUGCCACAGAACAGGGAUAUCUUUAUGACUAGUGGAGGAGCUGGGAGCCUUCAUCUCUGGAAAUAUGAGUACCCUGCUCAGCGCUCAAAGAAGGAUUCUGAAGGAGUUGAGAUGGGGGUUGCAGGUUCAGUCAGUCUCUUACAGAAUGUGACUUUGUCAACGCAGCCCAUUUCUAGCCUUGAUUGGAGCCCUGACAAAAAGGGUCUGUGUGUCUGCAGUGCUUUUGACCAGACUGUGAGGGUACUGAUCGUGACGAAGCUCAGCAAAAUUUGACAAAAAACUGAUUUUCAGGAGGAAAGCGACAUAGUCUGAGGGGUGUAUAUAAAAGAGACUUUCUUAUUUAUAACUUGAAUGUCUCCUUUAACAAAGCUGGUUUAAAGAAUUAAAAAACAGAUCUUUCCAUUGAAAGUUCAGAUAAAUUGAGGUACAGUUGUUUGACUACAUACUAUGCUGCUGUUGGAAAAGGUUGGCUAGGCUUAACUUUUUUUACCUUCUAAUGUAAAUUUACCUUUAAAAUGAAAUGUGCCUUCUGCUUAGUGUGUUUAAAAUGUCUGCAAGUUCAGACGUUACUUUAAACUGUUUCUUCUCAAGGUAAUUGCUUUUUUCCCUUCAGUAGCACUAAUCCGUUCGCUCUUGUUAAAUUGUUUGCUUUCUAUGUUUUUUAUCAUAUAUUUUUCCAUUCUUAGUUAUUAGGGAAACUAACCUAUGAUCCAUCCUAGAAAAUACAUUGAAGGGACAGUGAAUUUCUCUGGCCUGACUUAUGUUCUUCUGUUCAUUUUUAAUUAAUUUGUUACACCGUAUCCUACAAUAAAAACGUGUCCUGUGUUA